GUCGCGCUGUUGAUCACGUAAUGCCGCGGCGCCUGAGGCGAUUCAGCUGGUUGGUGCGUAAGCUGCGAACGACAUCUGUUGCGGCCCGCUCGGUUCCCACUGCGCCCGCGACCCCGGCUUCGACGCCAGCUGCGGUCCGGCCGCCGCCUAAACAUGGACUCCGCCGGCCAAGAUAUCAACCUGAAUUCUCCUAACAGAGGUCUGCUCUCCGACUCCAUGACAGACGUCCCUGUCGACACAGCAGUGGCCACCCAGGCUCCUGCUGUUGAGGGUCUGACAGAUGCUGAGGCGGAGGAGCUCAGGGCUGAGCUUGCAAAGGUGGAGGAGGAGGUUGUCACUCUGCGCCAGGUGCUGGCAGCCAAGGAGAGGCACUGUGGAGAGCUGAAGAGGAGGCUGGGCCUUUCUGCCUUGGAGGGCCUGAAGCAGAACCUGUCCAGGGGUUGGCAUGAUGUGCAGGUCUCUAACGCCUACGUGAAAACUUCUGAGAAGCUUGGAGAGUGGAAUGAGAAAGUGACCCAGUCGGACCUCUACAAGAAGACCCAGGAAACCCUCUCUCAGGCAGGACAGAAGACCUCAGCAGCCCUGUCCACCAUGGGCUCUGCCAUCAGCCGGAAGCUUGGGGACAUGAGGGCUCGGCCCUUCUCAUACUCCUUUAGAGCGGUCCUGCCCCUCCAAGUGGAGCUGCUCUCCUUCUCCCCGCAAGCAAGCGCUCUUUCUGCCGCGGGCGCUUGGGACCGGCUCAGACAGCCUCCCGAGUGUCCUUUACCUCGUGCUGAUCAAGCCGCUCCUCUACCUUGGAGCAGCCACUCCAUCCGCCACUCCAUAAGUAUGCCGGCCAUGAGGGCGCAGCAGAAACGUGCCCGGCGUCCCCCGGCUGCCCAGUCGAGGGGUCCGCAGUUUGCCCAGGAAUUCCGCCACCUUCAAGUCAUUUGAGGACCGAGUUGGGACCAUAAAGACUAAGGUUGUCAGUGGCAGAGAGAAUGGCAGUGACAACCUUCCCUCCCCGACCGGGAGUGGAGACAGACCCCUGCCCGAUCACACGCCCUUCUAAGCCCGUAGCGGCUUUGCCCGGCCACGGCACAAGCACACCCUCAUCGCCACAACUGCAACCUCAAGCGGCGGGUGUUGAGGACAAUCACGCCAUCCCCGUGGAGACGUGGCUGCCGCGCUCGCAUGGGUCAGAGAACACGUCCUGUACACAGAUGCCUCCCCUUCUGUCGGUAGAUCAGCAAAUUGCUGCGCCGUCCUGCCUCGGAGCGGGAAGCGGGCAGGGUGGCGGGUCCCGGGGUGUGAGCCAAAGCCAAGCUCUUGUUGGGAGUCUCGUUAGUUGAUCAGCAUGUUGAAAGCGGGGUGGGGGUGGGGGGAAGAGCGAUAAGUAUAAAAUGCGUGGUGUUUUCUAAACUCCUUCCCUAAGUCACAGAAGGAAGAGUCAUCCAGAAAGCCCUGCCGGAUCUGCAGUUUUAUUUCAAAAUGCUAAACAGGAAAACUACCCAUUUUCUGAGACCUUCCAGAAAGCUGAUUAUCAGCAGAUGCCUAAUCAUUACACUAAUGAUCUAGCUUUAACAAAAGCAAAUUCUUUAUUUUUUAAAUGCAGCAGGUUUUUCAAAAAGUAAAACUAAGCAAAGCAGCUUUAGCCUCACAGUUAGAAAAUAUUAUUCCUUUGGACUCAAGCUGAAGUGCACGCCUUAUAUCGCCUUAUGUUUUAUUUGUUUAUAAUGUUUUUAUAUAUAUAUAAACGAGGGUUCUUUAGUGGAUUUUGAGCACUAUGUAAAAUCCUGCAUCCAGCCGAGGGGCAGCACCUCUGUGCCAGUGGUGUGUUUUAUUUCACGAGUGCAUUCCAUCCCCGUAUAGAGAACUGGCUUCUCUCUUCUCUCAGUGACCGGCGCAGCUCCCGCUGGCCAGUGGGGGUGGGAGCAAGAAAGACCAGCACCUUCACAGAGGGCUGGCGCUGCCCCUGUGCAAGCUGGGCCUGGCUGGCACGCCGCCCAUCAGCGGCUCCAGCCUGCGUGUGUGGCACACGCCAGGGCCAGCGAGCGGCAGGCAGACCCGCGGGUAGGUCAGAGCCAGGGCGUCGGGUCAGCUGGGACUCUGCUGUUGCCUUUUCUCAGGAGCUACAAAGAUCUCUUUCCGCUCCGAUGCUGCCACAGCCCAGCAGCCUCUCACCCAGGGCCCCACGUCUGGCGCGCCUGGAGGGGCAGCUCUGUGCCUUACAGGCUCUUAGCGGGCAGAGACCUCGCCUGCAUCUGUGCACUCUCGAAGGGGAGGAGCCGUCAGCUCAGUGUCUUCUCUGGUCGACCGUGAUGUGCUGUCUGGUACCUGAGUGUCUGCUGGUCACUUCAGACACACGGUGGCGGUGGGGGGGGGGUGGCUGCAGUCCACACUCGUGCCUUGGGAGGAACGCUGCUCUGUGCUCUUUCCCCAGGGUUGGAAUCUCUCAGAUGGGGUGUGAUGGGAAGGCAGGAUGCAGGUGUAAUAACUGAUUUAUCUUUUCCUUAAAGUAGAUAACGGGUGAUUUGUCAAUAAAGCAUUCCUUUGGGGGAAAACCCACUUAA